CUUCGGCCCCCGCGGUCCGUCACCCGCCGAGGGGGCUCCCGCCGUCCCGGGGCCUGGCGUCGCGGCGCCCCGCGCCGGUCCCGGGCAGGGCCGGGGGCUCCGCUGCUGCGGGGCCGGAGGGACGGAGCCCGCCGAGCUGCGCGGUGCGACGCGGGCUUCCCGCGUCCGGCAGCCCCUGCACGGGGAGGUUGCGCAUCGGGCUGGGGGCACCUUCUGGGGACGCUCGGCCGCGGGUCCCGCGGUGCUGGUGCGGGCUGAGCCGGCAGCCGCGGCGUGCAGAGCGGAGCGUCCUCCUGCCCCGCUCUCUGCUCCGGUGCUGGCCGUGGCGGGGCUGGUGCCCCCGGUGCCAGCGAGCUCCCUGCCUGGCCCCCCAGCCCAAGUCCCUCGGUGGUGUCUUCCUGCCUGGCGUCCCUCUGUGCGGGCUCUGCUGCCUGGGGACCAAAGAGCUUCGGAAAUGAAGCCUUGCUCGACUCGCCGUCCCGAGCAGCCCGUUGGCAUCUCUCCCGGAGAGCCGAUCUGGUGGGCGUAAGCCCCUUUCCAGCUGCCAAACUCAAGUGACUCCCUGCCCAGGCAGAAGAUGGGAACAUCGAGUACAAGCUAAAGCUAGUGAAUCCCUCGCAAUAUCGCUUUGAGCACCUGGUGACGCAGAUGAAGUGGCGGCUGCAGGAAGGCCGAGGCGAGGCCGUCUAUCAGAUCGGCGUGGAGGACAACGGGCUGCUGGUGGGCCUCUCGGAGGAGGAGAUGCGUGCCUCGCUCAAGACGCUGCGCCGCAUGGCAGAGAAGGUUGGGGCUGACAUAACGGUGCUGCGGGAGAGGGAGGUCGAUUACGACAGUGACGUUCCAAGGAAGAUAACAGAGGUCCUUGUCCGAAAGGUGCCUGACAACCAGCAGUUCUUAGACCUGCGAGUAGCUGUGCUGGGGAAUGUGGACUCAGGGAAGUCAACCCUCCUGGGUGUCCUAACACAAGGAGAGCUGGACAAUGGACGAGGCAGAGCGCGCCUCAACCUCUUCCGUCAUCUCCAUGAAAUUCAAUCAGGAAGAACGUCAAGCAUCAGCUUUGAGAUCCUUGGCUUCAACAGCAAAGGAGAGGUGGUAAAUUACAGUGACUCCCGAACAGCAGAAGAGAUCUGUGAGAGUUCAUCCAAAAUGAUCACUUUCAUUGACCUGGCUGGCCACCACAAGUAUCUGAAAACAACCAUCUUUGGCCUUACCAGCUACUGCCCAGACUUUGCUAUGCUGGUGGUUAGUGCCAACACUGGCAUUGCAGGCACCACGCGAGAGCACUUGGGUUUGGCCAUGGCCCUCAAGGUCCCCUUCUUCAUUGUCAUCAGCAAAGUUGACUUGUGUUCAAAAGCCACUGUGGAACGGACAGUGAAGCAGCUGGAGCGAAUCCUGAAGCAGCCAGGCUGCAACAAGCUCCCCCUCCUUGUGAACUCAGAUGACGAUGCUGUUACAGCAGCUCAGCAGUUUGCACAGUCUCCCAACAUCACCCCAAUCUUCACACUGUCCAGCGUUUCUGGGGAGAACCUGGAUCUCUUAAAAGUCUUCCUCAACAUCCUCCCUCCACUAACCAACAGUAAAGAGCAGGAAGAACUAAUGCAGCAACUCACAGAGUUUCAGGUUGAUGAAAUUUAUACUGUGCCAGAGGUGGGGACUGUUGUGGGAGGAACUCUGUCGAGCGGGAUCUGUCGAGAAGGGGAGAACCUGGUGGUUGGUCCGACUGACGACGGGAAGUUCCUCCGCCUGAAGGUGUGCAGCAUCCAGCGCAACCGCUCAGCCUGCCGGGUGCUGCGGGCCGGGCAGGCAGCCACGCUGGCCCUGGGGCCCUUUGACCGCUCCCUGCUGCGUAAGGGCAUGGUCAUGGUGAGCCCAGAAAUGAACCCCACCAUCUGCUCAGUGUUUGAAGCUGAGAUUGUGCUGUUGUUCCAUGCCACGACUUUCCGAAAGGGGUUUCAGGUGACGGUGCACGUGGGAAAUGUGCGACAGACUGCUAUAGUAGAGAAGAUCCACGGAAAGGACAAGCUGCGGACAGGAGAGAAGGCAGUUGUCCGUUUCAGGUUCAUUAAGCAUCCUGAAUACUUGAAGAUCGGAGCCAAACUGCUUUUCCGUGAAGGAGUCACCAAAGGCAUUGGGCAUGUCACUGAUCUCCAAGCCAUCACCACCAAAGAAAAUGGCCUGGAGGAGUCCCUGGGGCCUGGACAGCUGAGCUUCUGACUACCACUAGAUCAGAGAGAUCUCCAUUCACCAGCAACUGGGGAGAAGGAUGAAAGCUCUCAUGGCUCUCUGAGUAAUGCCUGGAGCUGCUGCUGUCCCAUUCUGGUGUGGGUAUCCCUCCUCUACACUGUGAGAUGGAGCCUGAGAGAGUUUCUUGCAUUCAGUGCCGUACAUGGGGCAAGUUAAGCAUGCUCUCCACAUCGCGUGCAGCUUUUGUUACCCUGCCCUCCUUCAGAAUAGAUCAGAGGCAGACCUGGGCAGACAAGUUCUGGCUUUGUUUACUGUUUGAAAAUCACUGGUUGGGAGGUGCAGAACCCUUGAAGACCAGCAGGGAAGGGAUGUUUUUCCAUCUCUGAUACAAGAUCGGGUCCCAUUUCUGCUCUUUGAGCACUGGGUUGAUAAUCCUCUCUUGAGUCAUCCUGCAGCCCGUCCCUCUGGGCAGGGGAUGGAAGAGGCUCCGCUGCCCACAGCAGGGGCUUGGUUGAACCUCUCAAAAUGUGUUCAGGACACUUUUAAACCAUUUUAAUCUUGGUUGGCUUUAAUCUGCUGUGUGUCCAUUUGUGUGUUGGUUUUGCAUUACUCCAAUCUGAGUGUCUUACUGUUGGACGAGUAUCCUAUUCCCCACUCACACGUACACGCUCCUUCAGCAUCUUGCUUUCUGACUCCAGGAAGCUGUGGCUGCUCCAUGUGGCCGAGCCUUCCGACAUAAUGGCAUGAAGGCAGAGUUUGGACUUGCAUCUGUUCCUUGCAGCAGCUGGGCAGGAGGCCAUUCUGUGGGGCAGAGCAGGGCCUGGGCCUGUGCUGGCACGUGCAGGUUGUCUCCAUGGAUGUUUGGCUGCAGCUGUCACCUGCAUGUCAGCAGCAGUGUUUUGCAGUGGGCUCCCUGGUGUGGCUAUUCCAGGGCCCAGCCCAGUUUGCUCCUCACAUGUUUGCCUUCAUGUGUGAGAAGGGCAGGCUGUGGUACUAACAGAACCAGGGGACUUCGAUGUGAUUUGACAGUGGCGUCAUUUUAUUUCUGUUUCUCCUCAAGAAAGACUUAUUUUCUUUCCCUUGCCACUGGAGUUUGUUGGUAGAGGAAAGCUGGUGUUGCCAGCAAAGGACUUCGUGCACAAAGAGUUAAGCACAUUUGUCUCGCUGUUGUGCAGCUCCCCUGUGUGACCAUUGCUCCAGGCUGCUCACAGCCUGGGGGGCACAGCAGGGCCUCUAUAGCUGUACAUAGGCUUUUGGUUGUAUCAUUGACUGUUAGACCAAAUGUGUCAGCUGUGAGCAACAGGCCUUCAGCCAGCCCUGUCGCAUGGUGUGGUGGCCUGCCAGCCCUGACGGAAGAGAAGGGCAAGGGUCUGUGAUAGCACUUGGACACCCAAACAGCCCUUCUGCCAUCCUAAGAGCGAGUUCUGGGCUGCUGGCUGCUGAGCAGCCUGUGCUGACCUGAGGAUGUCGUGAAGAGUGCACUGAAGUGUGGGGUAGUUGGUGAAAUGGUGGUAUAUGAAGGGAUCCAGAGGCAGCUCCAGAGUGACCUGUCUCUUGGGGGAAGCACUGGCCAAGCUGAAAACUGCUUCUUCCCCACCAGCCCACCAGGGAGACAGGAGCUCUUUCUUCCCUUCCUGGCAGUGGUCUGGAUGUUAUGGUGACGUGGUCUUUCACCCAUGCCUGCAAGAGGGGCAGGCCCCAGCUGCCAGCAGGCUCUUCCGGUGCUAGUGGGUCACAAAGAAAGCUGCCUGGGGGGUGGAGGGGAUACCAGCUGUUUACAGCAGUCCUGGUAUUUUCUGCCCCAAAGCGGGCACGGGCUGUUGUGACCUCCUCUGAAACAGCGCUGAAGUCGGUCUCACCUCAUCCCUGCCAUCUGUGGCAUGACUGUUCUUGGUGCCAUGCUCUUCAUAAUUGCUGUUUUGUUGUCUUGAAUUUUUCUAAUGCUGGGGGUUGUCCCUGUUCCCCAAGCAUCUAUAUAUAAAUGUACAGAAUAAAGAUGUUUUAUUGA